AACGUGACAAUCACAAUUUGUACAUUGGUAGCAGUGUUUGUCACAAGUAAACAAAGUGAAAAGUACAUCAAAUCGAAGAGAGCAUAAUAUUUUGUAUAAAAAAAUAUAGGGUUAUUUUAGUGCUGUCAAAAUUAAAAGUAAAUCAAUUUGGCUUACGGUGAUAUCGGUCAUCAGCUAUGGCUAAUCAUAAUGUGACAUUUUGGUAUUUUUCAAUAAUAUGUGUAUUUUUUAUUAUAAACAUACCAAGUGAUACAAAUGCAGAUAAAGAAAUUCCUUUAACAAAAAUUAGUAAUGGACUUAGUGCUCCAACAUUGAAAUUUUUCUAUUGCUAUUCCUGUGGUUAUAGAAAAAUGUUUGACGAAUACGCAAAUAUUAUUAAUCAAAAAUAUCCUAUUUUAAUUGUUGACGGAGCUAAUUAUGAUCCACCUAAUAUGAAUAUGUUAUUAGCUAGAUUUUUAGCAUUCGCCAAAAUAGCUUUGAUAUUAUUAAUAUUAAGUAGCACAAAUCCCUUCGAUUUUCUUGGACAACCACAACCGAGUUGGUGGAGAUGGUGUUUAGAAAAUAAACUAUACGCUUGCAUGAUGUUAUUCUUUUUAUCAAAUAUCAUUGAAGGGCAACUUAUAUCAUCCGGUGCAUUUGAAAUAUUUUUAAAUGAUGUACCAGUGUGGUCAAAAUUAGAAACUGGACGUAUUCCACAACCCGCUGAAUUAUUCCAAAUUAUUGAUAAUCAUAUGAGAUUUACUGAAUUCGGUGAUACUACUGUUGAAUUGAAACCAGGUUUUGCAAAAUAACAUACAUUUCCAUAACUUAUUUUUGUGUUAUCUUUAUUUUUUUUUUAUGUUUACAAACGAAAUAAAUAAUAUAUUUGUUUUUAUUUAUGCAAUUUUACGAGAAUUAUGGCUGCAAACGAACUAAUUUAAGAACAGAACAUUAUUGUACAUUUUCGGAUCAUUCAAUGCAUUUACUAUUUUUAAUUCAUUUUCACAAUUUGAACCAUGGUUUCUUUUCUUAGGCAUUGUGUAAAUGUGUUGUUUAUUAUGUUAAUAAAAACUUCCGA